GUGUGUGAGCAGUGUGUGUGAGCAGUGUGUGUGUGAGCUAUGUGUGUGUGUGUGAGCAGUGUGUGUGUGUGUGUGUUUCUGCUGAACGGUACAUGCAGACGCUCCCUGGGGUGGGGUGAGGGGGUGUCUGUCUAUAAGAGCCCUGCAGCUGACAGACGGACACUUUCCAGUCAGAGGACAGACGGACGGACGCUCCUCUCCCUAUCAGUCAGGAUGUCUAUCACUAAGAUUCAUGCCCGUGAGAUCCUGGACUCAAGGGGAAACCCCACAGUGGAGGUAGACCUGUACACUGCCAAGGGUCUUUUCAGGGCCGCCGUCCCCAGCGGAGCUUCAACAGGAGUCCAUGAAGCUCUGGAGCUGAGAGACGGAGACAAAAGCCGCUACCUGGGGAAAGGUACGGUGAAGGCUGUGGAUCACGUGAACAAAGACAUCGCCCCCAAACUGAUUGAGAAGAACUUCAGUGUUGUUGAGCAGGAGAAGGUCGAUAAAUUCAUGCUGGAGCUGGAUGGCACCGAGAACAAAUCUCAGUUUGGAGCUAACGCUAUCCUGGGCGUGUCUCUGGCGGUCUGUAAGGCCGGAGCAGCGGAGAAAGGAGUUCCUCUGUACCGCCACAUCGCCGACCUCGCCGGGAACAAAGACGUCAUACUUCCUGUUCCGGCCUUCAACGUGAUUAACGGAGGCAGCCAUGCUGGGAACAAGCUGGCGAUGCAGGAGUUCAUGAUCCUUCCCGUCGGAGCCGCCAACUUCCACGAGGCCAUGAGGAUCGGAGCCGAGGUGUACCACAACCUGAAAAACGUGAUCAAGGCCAAGUACGGGAAAGACGCCACCAACGUGGGAGACGAGGGAGGGUUCGCCCCCAACAUCCUGGAGAACAACGAGGCCCUGGAGCUCCUGAAGUCGGCCAUUGAGAAGGCCGGCUACCCCGAUAAGAUCAUUGUGGGGAUGGACGUCGCCGCCUCCGAGUUCUACCGCAGCGGGAAGUACGACCUGGACUUCAAGUCGCCCGACGACCCGGCCCGGCACAUCAGCGGAGAGCAGCUGGGAGACCUGUACCGCAGCUUCAUCAAGGGAUACCCCGUCCAGUCCAUCGAGGAUCCAUUCGACCAGGAUGACUGGGAGAACUGGGCCAAGUUCACCGCGUCCACAGACAUCCAGAUCGUAGGAGACGACCUGACGGUGACCAAUCCCAAGAGGAUCCAGCAGGCUGUGGACAAGAAGGCUUGCAACUGUCUGCUGCUGAAGGUCAACCAGAUCGGCUCCGUGACCGAGUCCAUCCAGGCGUGUAAGCUGGCUCAAAGCAGUGGGUGGGGGGUGAUGGUCAGCCAUCGUUCCGGAGAGACUGAAGACACCUUCAUUUCUGACCUGGUGGUGGGACUGUGCACCGGACAGAUUAAGACCGGUGCCCCCUGCAGGUCGGAGCGUCUCGCCAAAUACAACCAGCUGAUGAGGAUCGAGGAGGAGCUCGGAGACAAGGCCAAGUUCGCUGGUAAAGAUUACCGUCACCCGAAGAUCAACUAGAGCUCCGUCCUGACGUCCUGUCGGUCGCCACGACACCUGAUGACCCCAGAGAUUAUUCCAUGCAGAUGUUUUCUACACAAAACAUAAUAAAGACGAACCAGUGAA